UAAGGCGCAAAGGUGCAGGCGAGAGAAAGGUUGGUAGGGAGGAAUGAGAACAGGCACAGAGGCAAAGAGCAACAUACUCAGAGAAGGUGAAACAGUAGAAACCAAAGAUGACUGAGAUGAUGAUUGUGUGAAUCAAGAUGGAUUUAAAGAAGCUCAGUGUAAACAACGGAGGAGAUGAGCUGUCUCAGGCGGACGCUGCGGAACAGUGGAGAGAUGGGGAAGAGCGAGAGAGGGAGGGGGAUUCGUUAAAUGGAGGGGCCACAGUUGCAGAGACCACGAACAACCAGCUGGGGGCAGUAGAAUCACACACAUUUAACACCUUGAACUAUCAGAGAAGAACCCUGCAGAAAGUUGUAACAGACUAUGCCACAAUGAGCAAGGGAUCGUCUCCAUGUGUAAAACCGCGAACAGCACUGAAACAGGUUCUGUUUAACCAGGGAGCGCCAGAGAAGUGCUCAUCGCCUGAGGAACGGGGUCAGCUGGACGUGUUGAAGCAGCUCCUGGAAAUCUUCCCUGUGCCCCAGUGCCUUAGGUGGAACUGGGGGGAGGAGGGCGAGGGAUCCACCCUCGAGAACAGCUGGACAGAAAUAGUGCGCUCUCACACGACGAUGUGUAAGACGCAGAAACACCAGCAGGAGGCGCUAUGGGAGUUUGUCCACACUGAGCUCACCUACAUCAACAAGCUUACCAUCGUCACAGACUUGGUGGUGGCCGCUCUAAACAACUUGCACCAACAUGGCUUCCUCCAAGAGGUCACAUCUGAACUGCUCUUCUCCAACCUCCCCUCCAUCCUCGGUGCACACAGGCAGUUUUGGCAGGAAGUGAUGUAUCCCAUGUUGAGGGAAGUCCGACAGACAGGGAAGCCCUUUGACCCUUUGAGGUUAGAGGCAGGUUGCCUGCAGUUCCGCGAGCGCUUCUCCUCGUAUCUACAAUACUGCUGGAAAGAGGAGAGCACUUUGGAGUUCACGCGAAGAGAACUGGACACCAACCCUCACUUCACCACCUACUUACAUUGGGUUGAGACGCACCCCAAGUGUGAGCGGAUGCGACUGGGUGACAUGCAGGCCAAACCCCAUCAGAGGAUCACCAAGUACCCCCUACUGCUCAAAGCUAUCAUCAAAACCACCCAGGACCCCCUGAUGCAGCACACUCUCCGAACCAUGUUGACCGGUGUGAAUGAGUUUCUGGACAGCAUCAACGACCACAUGAGGCUGAAGGAUGAGGAGCUGGCCCUGUCCAUCUCGGCCCAGAGGCUGGAGGGAUACGAGGUGUUGGAAGGCACCAACGAGGAAACGGACAAGCACGUCCGUGAGUUCUGCAGAUUCGAUUUGACCAGGCCGAUCAGAGGGGCGGGCCCCGGGGUCGUACGCAAGCUGCUAUUGGAGGAGACGCUGAAGAUCAGAGGAAGGAAAGACAGCAAAGUG